AUGGGUGUACCAUCAUUUUACAGAUGGUUGGUGAACAAGUAUCCGGAGAUCGUUGUGAGAGCUGUAGAAGAUGAAAGGGAGUCAAGCUCAGCAAACCCAAAUGGCAUAGAGUUUGAUAACCUCUAUCUUGAUAUGAAUGGGAUCAUCCACCCUUGUUUUCAUCCCGAGGAUCAAAUUUUCCCUCCAACAACAUUUGAAGAAGUGUUCAACAACAUGUAUGAAUACAUCGAUAGGAUUUUCAGCAUCGUAAGACCACGCAAGCUAUUAUAUAUGGCCAUUGAUGGGGUUGCACCACGCGCUAAAAUGAAUCAACAACGACGCAGACGUUUUCAGACGGCAAAAGACAAUGAAAUUGCCGAAGCUGAGGAGCAGAGGCUGAGAAGGCAAUUUGAAAUGGAAGGUAAACCACUUGUUCCAAAGCAGGAAUCUCAAGUUUCAGACCCCAACAUCAUCACCCCAGGAACUGUAUUUAUGCAUGAGGUGUCAAAGGCACUUCAACAAUACAUUUGUUCACGAAUGAAGCAUGAAGCUGGCUGGAAAGAUUUAAAGGUAAUUCUCUCUGAUUCUAACGUCCCGGGGGAAGGGGAGCAUAAGAUAAUGUCAUUUAUACGCUUACAGCGCAGUCUUCCUGAUUAUAAUCCAAAUACCCUUCACUGCCUAUAUGGUCUGGACGCUGAUCUGAUAAUGUUAGCUUUGGCAACACAUGAAGUUCAUUUUUCAAUAUUGAGAGAGGAUGUGCUCACAUUGGAGCAGAGAGGUAGCUGUGAAUCGGCAGUAGAAACCAAAACCAGCCCUCCAAAAGCCAAUUCAAGUUUGUUUCUCCAUGUCUGGAUCCUGAGAGAAUAUUUGGAGUUGGACAUGAAGAUCUCUGAUCCUCCAGAGAAAUUGAAGGAGAUCAAUUUCGAGCGCAUAGGAGCUAUUGAUUUAUUGAUGACCGUGUACAAGAAAGAGUUCAAGAAUAUAGGAGGCUACAUGGUUGAUAUGGAACGGAUUGAAGAAAAGAAAGGAAGUUUUGUCAAACUAAAACGGGUUGAGAAGUUCAUCCUUCUUGUUGGUACCUAUGAGGAGAAGAUAUUUAAGAAAAGAAUGGCACUACGAGACAGCAAACUCAGAUGGCUUCUAUGUGAAAAUUCAGACAUUUUUACGAAUAAUGAAGAAGACCAGAGUUGCAAUUUGGAGAUUGGUUCAACAAACAGGGGUUGUACAUCUCCCAGUGGAAAAGCAAGAUCAUCUUCUUCAGUAGAAAAUCUUGGAACUUCAAGUGGGACAGAAUAUUUAAUUACUGAUAAGUCUGAAAUGUUUGCUUUGCUCUUUCUUAAGCACUCCUCUGCUCGGUCGCUAGAUUUACUUCUCGUUAAUGCCACUCUAGCAACAUUCUAUACCAAAGAAAUGAAGAAGAGGUUGAAAGAAAACAUUCGAGCAAAAUCAGAUCUGUGGAGAAGUGGUUCACUUGGAAUCGACAGAGUUAGAUUGGGUCAUCCGGGGUGGAAGGAAAGGUACUACAAGGAAAAAUGUUCUUGUGACACCUCUCAGGGGAUUGAAAGCACAAGGAAGGAACUAGUUCAGAAGUACACUGAAGGACUAUUAUGGGUUCUCCAAUAUUAUUUCUCAGGAGUUCCAUCUUGGACCUGGUUCUAUCCAUACCAUUAUGGUCCAUUUGCAUCUGAUUUUAAGGGUCUUUCCCGAGUUAAAGGCAAGUUUGAAAGAGGUUCACCAUUUAAACCGUUUGAUCAACUCAUGGGUGUUCUUCCUCCUAGCAGUGCCCAUGCUCUUCCCAAAGCCUAUCAGCCACUCAUGAUCGAUGAGGACUCCAACAUCAUUGAUUUUUAUAAUACUAAUUUUGAAGUUGACACAGAUGGAAAGCGAUUUAUAUGGCAGGGUAUCUGCAAGCUUCCUUUCAUAGAUGAAGCACGACUUCUAGCCGAGACUAGGAAGCUAGAGAAGGAACUUGAGGACCAAGAGGCAGUUAGGAAUGCAAGAAGUUUUGACCAGUUGUUCUUGAGAUUCUCAGACAAGUUACGCUUAUUUUAUACGGAACAGGUUUCCUGCAGGAAACCAAAUAAAACAGCCAAGAUUGAUAGUAAUUUCAGUUUGGGAAUAAACGGUUAUAUAUGCUUUGAUAAUAAUGGCUUGAAUAUGAUGAACUCCACUUGCCUUGAUAAGAAUUUGGAAAACAUUCAAGAAGAUGAUGUCAUAAGCAUGCUUUAUGAAGUGCCCAAUGGCUGUCUACAUAUUCCUCGUCCACUUGAGGGGACAAUAUUCCCCUUUAAGACAAUAACCGAAGCUGACAUAGAGGAGACACUACUUUGGCAUGAAUACAAGGGUAGCAAACCCCCUGUCAAAUUUCGAGGACAUGAAGGGUUUGGACCAGCAAUUAACAGGCUGAAAUCUAAAGCAUGUGGUUCAUCUACCAUAUCUGCAGCUAGUGGAUUAAAUGUUGCAAGGGCAGGUUCGAGUACUAGAAGCGAAGAUCACAAUCCUCUUAUCCUGAGAUGCAGUGGGAAUUUCAGGUCAGAAACUCACAACCAAAUGAAUAGAGUAGUGGGAUCGAGAGCUCAAUUACAAGGCAUCCAAGAUUUAAAGAUAUCAGAGAAUAGACAUGGUUUGGCUUCUUAUGGAAGAGACCAUCAGUCAACAAACAAUUUCUGUCCUUCCAAACAUCCCUCAACGUAUAAUAAGAGCGUGGCCUUUGAUCAUGCCUCCACUAGAUGGCAAAGAGGCUCAAUAGAGCAUACAAAUAUUACAUGGAAGGAUAGUUUACAUACAACUACUGGUAAUGGUCAGGGCUCAGACAGAUGGCAGAAAGGCUCAACAAAUGUUACAGACCCCCCUUGCAGGCACAUUUCAUAUGCAGCGGCUGUUACUUCAAUGAAACCCCCAGCCAGAGAUAAAUCAUUCCCUAACCGGUGGUAG